GACAUGAAAAAACUGAGAAGCAUUUUCACAUGCCUCCAUUCUAGUGUCUGGCUCAUUUCAAAGGUGUCUUCCUCACUUUGCUCCAGCUGCUCUCUAUCCAAGCAGAACGUUGGUGUGCCGGGCUCCAUGGACAAGAAGGUGGUGCUGAUCACAGGCUGCUCCUCGGGGAUCGGCCUCAGCCUGGCUGUUCAGCUAGCCUCUUACCCCGGCAAAACAUUCAAAGUCUAUGCCACAAUGCGGAACCUGGCCAAGAAGGAGCGUCUUUUAGAGUCUGUGAAAGGCCUCCACAAAGACACCUUGGACAUUCUCCAAAUGGACGUGACGAACCGGCAUUCCAUACUGGAUGCGAGGGACAGGGUUGCGGAGAAACGAGUGGACAUUCUGGUGUGCAAUGCUGGUGUGGGCUUGAUGGGGCCGCUGGAGCUGCAGUCCUUGGACUCGAUGAGGCAGAUUCUGGAGGUCAACCUCUUAGGUACCAUCCAGACCAUCCAGGCCUUCCUACCGGAGAUGAAGGCUCAGGGCCAGGGUCGCAUUCUGGUCACCGGCAGCACUGGAGGGCUUCACGGUCUCCCUUUUAAUGAGGUGUACUGUGCCAGCAAAUUCGCAAUAGAGGGAGCAUGUGAGAGUUUGGCUGUCCUCCUGCAACACUUCAAUAUCCAUGUGAGUCUCAUUGAGUGCGGUCCAGUCAACACGGACUUCCUGGUCAACCUGCAGAAGGUGGAGCUUGGGGACACGUCUCUCCAGCAGGUCGAUACCCACACACUGAGUCUCUAUGAAAAAUAUCUGCAGCACUGUGGCUCCAUUUUCCAAAACGCAGCACAGGACACUGAGGACAUUGUAAAGGUAUUUCUAGAUGCCAUCCAGUCACCCAGCCCUGCAUUCAGAUACUUCACCAGCGGUGUCGCUCCACCUUUGACCCAACUGAAGAUCACAGAGCCAGAUGGCUCGCAGUGCAUCCGUGCAAUGAGUGAAACUAUUUUCUCAGCUGAGGAACAAUAACUUCCACUCUUGCACAUGCAAGCCUCUACUUCAUGCGCAGACCUGGUCUUCCUUUACUUUAUGUGCCGAGGUUAAUAUUUUACUGUUUUAAUUUAGAUAUCUGGAAUUAAGUAGAUGCACUCUGACUCAAUGUCGUUGCUCAACUGGAAAGGGCAGUAGGUUCAGAGUUUUGUGAGUAGAGUUCACAGAAGGAAAUGACUCCAUGCUUCUAUUUUUGUAUGUCACUUAUCAAAAGUUACAUUCCUUAUCAUAAAAAUUAUAAAAAUAGAACAUUUUCUGGUUGGUGGCGAAAUAUUUGAUAAGGAUUAUGUUUUAUUCUUUGAGUGAUACAACAGCUUUUGCAUUCCAGACGUUUGAUAGUUUUCUUACACACACACUGGUAGGCAUAUUUCUACUGGGAUGUUUCCGGACACACUGUUAAAGUGAAAACACUCUAGGAACAUACUUAUGUAAUAUGUGAUUGGCUAUUUUAAGCAAACGGGGACAACUUACGUGCUCAAAAGCAUGAAAUUAAAACAUAAAAGAAAGAAAGAAAUCAAGCUCCAAGGAUUUUUUUCUCCACAGGCAGUUAAAGCUAUGUGCAGGAUUUUUGUAUGAAUGAUACUGAAAGUUUUAUUUCCUUUCUGUUAUUGGCUUCACCACUUGACCCAAUUUGCCCAAUUAGUUCUAAAUGAAUAAAGUAUUUAAAAUGAACUAAACCCCUCAGAGAUUGUACUGUACAGGUGUACAUGUUGUUGUCAACCCUGUAACUUCUCGGUCUCUUGUAAUGGGAAGCAACAUUGAAUAGUAAACAGUAAAGUUGAAGUGUCACAAGGCAUAUUUCACAAGUAUUUAUAGUCAUGUCAAAAAAUAUGUGAAAGUACGGUAGGAAAUGCAGCAUGUGGCCGAAGAGAGCAAGCACUUUUAUUUUUUUCCAAGGAUAGGAAAAACCCCGUUGGCCUUCAAACAGCUAGUUUAGUCUGUAAAUGUCCUCUCCCCUAGAAGAGGAUUCUCUCUCUGUCCUCUGGUCCUGUGCUCAUACUGCCACAAGGAACAAACAAGAAGAUGGCCUCAUUUAUACUAUGGGGGUUGGAUUUUGAUGUGUCUUUUUAAUCCUUGAAAACCAACAGGAAUCCUCACGAGUCUUUAUCAGACAGGUCUGCUUGUAGGAAAGGGAUCUUAUAUAUUUUCUACACAGGGGGAAAUAUUUCAAAUCUAGACAUACUGUUACCUUCAUUGACCGGUUUAAUGAAGACCUGUCAAUGAUUAAUACAUCUGUUAAAAAGCAAAUGAACUGAAAGGGCAGAUUGGGACAUCCUCACAAACCAGUGACACACAUAGAGUGGCUAAAUGACACCAGAGUGGGGUAGUUAAUUUCGUGAAUGCCCUGCAAAAACAAAUAGGCAUUAACAAACACACAAACAAAAAUUCUAAUAUAAAUACUGUGAUUCAAGAAGUUAGAAAUAGAGAAUGACCGCUAGUAGCUUUUUUUUCAAUAGAAUUCUAAAAGAGGUCAUUUAAUAUCUAUGGAAAGUUAAGAAAUGUUGCUAAAUCUUUCUGAAUUGUCUUAAGUAAGUUGUAAGUAUGACAUUAACCGGCCUCAAUUGGGCUUUUGAAUAACUGUACUGCUUAAAGUGUAGGGAUCAAAGACUGAAAGAGCCCCAGCUGGACCAGUAUCCAUUACCUGUGUACCUUUUGGCUCAGUCUGGGCCUGGUAAACCGUUGAGUCUGUUCUCCUAUAACCCGAGACAGGUUAUCUUGUCUGUACAUCAAGGAGCUACGUUUCGGGCCAAUUCUUGAUAGGAUUAACUGAGGUUCCUUAAAUCCCUCCCUGAUCAAGUGCCCUGAUUCCGGUCUGAGGAUCCUGAAAUGGAUCCCGCACUGCCUUGUUCUGGCUGUGUUACCACACAGCCACUUAAUACAGCAGCACUCUAAGAGGUGUCAGCCUCUCAGAGCCUGUUGUAUUAUGUAGAUCAGUACAAUGAGAGUUAGAUAAAGGCUGUUGUAGACCAUAUUAACAGUAAACUUAGUUCUUCUACUAUCAUAAUUUGAACAUUUUAAUUUCCUCUCUGUGUUAGAGAGCUGCUGUCUGGUGAUACUUUCAUCAGCCCACUGUUGUUGCUCUGGAUUGAACAUUACUAAGGUUAAUCUAAAGAGUGUAGCUGAUGACCUUUUCUCCAGUGUAGCACCAAAGUCCAGGUUCACCAUGUGCACGGCGUGUGCUUGCUCGGCUCAUUGCUCACUAGCUAUUAUUUAGACUUUGGUUUGCUCACAGAACCCCCCCCCCUGUAUUUCCCUUUCAUUUACGUUUGGGUUGCAAGGGGUCAAACAUUUAAUUGGUUUUUUAUGGAGGCCGCGCACGAGUCACGGAAAUCACGGCUUCUCAACUUUUC